GUGGCUCGGCUGUUCUCUUCCUCCGCGGAGGGCCUUGGCGAUCCGGCGGUGUGACUGCUGUCCCGUGGCUGUUUUGAACGCGUGGUGCUUGCGUCGGAGACUCGCUGAAAGCUCGGCAGCGGCGCGCGGCAGGUGUCGCGAGCCGAGCCCUAGGUGGCCACUCCAUGCCGGGUUGGAGGCUGCUGGCGCAGGCUGGCGCCAAGGUGCUGGGCUGUGGCGCCACAGGCCUAAGUGCUGCCCCGGGCUUAGGGAGUAGAACAAACAUCUGGCUUUUUGUUAGAAAUCUCCACAGCAAGAGUAGUACUUGGUGGGAUGAGCAUCUUUCUGAAGAAAAUGCCUCGUUUGUUAAGCAACUGGUCCUUGAUGAAAAUAAAGCCCAAUUAUCAAGUAAACUGAAUCCCCUGAAAGAUGAACCGUGGCCUUUACAUCCUUGGGAACCAGGUUCUUCCAGAGUCGGCCUUAUUGCCCUCAAGCUGGGCAUGAUGCCUUUAUGGACCAAGGAUGGUCAAAAGCAUGUAGUCACAUUACUUCAGGUACAAGACUGCCAUGUGUUAAAAUAUACUCCCAAGGAAAACUAUAAUGGAAAAACAGCAGCCCUCACUGUGGGUGGGAAAACCGUGUCACGCUUCUAUAAAUCUGAUUCUAUAUUGGAAUUUUACCGAGAACUUGGAUUGCCACCAAAACAGACAAUUAAAAUCUUUCAUGUGACAGAUAAUGCUGUAAUUAAGCCAGGGACCCCGCUUUAUGCUGCUCACUUUCGCCCUGGACAGUAUGUGGAUGUCACAGCCAAAACUAUUGGUAAAGGUUUUCAGGGUGUCAUGAAAAGAUGGGGAUUUAAAGGCCAACCGGCUUCUCAUGGUCAAACGAAGACCCACAGGAGACCUGGAGCUAUUUCAACUGGAGAUGUUGCCAGAGUCUGGCCUGGAACUAAAAUGCCUGGGCAGAUGGGAAAUCAGAGCAGGACUGUGUAUGGACUGAAAGUGUGGAGAGUGAACACCAAGCACAACAUUAUCUACGUAAAUGGCUCUGUCCCAGGACAUAAAAACUGCUUAGUAAAGGUCAAAGACUCUAUACUGCCUGCGUAUAAGGAUCAUUGUAAAGACCUGCCAUUCCCUACUUACUUUCCUGAUGGAGACGAAGAAGAACUUGCAGAAGACUUGUAUGAUGAGCACGUGUUGCAGCCCAGUGCACCUUCUGUUACAUUUGCCUGAUGUCACUGGCACGGCAGAACUUUCCAACUUUGUGUGCUUGUGCACUUGAUGAACCAGAACAGUAGUAGAACCAGGAAUGGUAUCCUCUGCUCAGUUAUGGUGCUGCGCUCUUUAUCAAAGGACAUGAAUGCGUCAUUUCCCUCACAAAAAUCUGAUUAGCAAACUUACUACAUUAAAUAAAUCAGUCACAUAGA